AUGUACUCAUUAUCAAACGUCACAUCUCGUUUAAGAUUUACACCUGUUGAUACAAAUGUCAUUCAUAAUAUCGUUUACUAUAACGGUACAGAGUCAGAACCCGCUCAUGUAAACCAUCGUCUCGACAUUUGGAUUCCACCAACACCAUCACCAUCACCACAAUCCACUGAGUCAACAACAAACAUACAGAGUCAAAAAAUACCUAUAGUAAUUCAUGUCCAUGGUGGAGGUUGGCAACGUGGUAAUAAAAAUAAUGAAUGGCGUGGUGGACCAAAUAUAGGACGUUGUGUAGCUAAAGAGAACAUGAUUGGUGUUGUUAUUUCUUACCGAUUAGCUGCGCCAAGUAUCUACGUAUUACUUCUACGAUGUUUAAUAUUAGCCAUUUUAAUUAGCAUUCCACUUUCAUUUAUAAUCAAAAAAUCUUAUUUAAAAGUAUUUUCUAUCACUUACGUGUUAAUAAUACCAAUAAUGUUUUUAAUCGGUCGCUAUUUCUAUAAACAACCUAUACAUAUUGAUCAUAUGUUAGAAGAUGUAUGUCGGGCAAUUACUUACGUGCGUGAACAUAUUGAAGAACAUUGUCAACAAGCAGAUAUUAAUUCUAUUUAUUUGAGUGGACAUUCAGCUGGAGCACAUUUAAUUUCAUUAUUAGUUUUAAAUCCCGAAUAUUUUAAAAAAAAUCAAAUCAAAAAUCCAUAUUCAUUUAUUAAAGUAGAUGAUGAAUCAAUGAUUGCACUUGGUAAUGAAAUUGAUUCAAAAGCCUAUGAAUGGUUACAAAAAGUAAUUAAAUCACAAAUAGUGCAGUUAAAUGCAUUUAUAUUUGUCGGCUCGAAUUCUACAUUAGUCACAAAUGUUCCACUCAUUUUUUGUUCAUGUAAAUGUGACCUAAAAGAAUAUUACUGUGUUAUAUCUAUGAGCGGUAUCUAUAGUCUGCGUAAUCCAUUACAUGAUGAAUAUUUUAAUUUUCGUAAUAUAUUUUUUCGUUUAAUGUAUGUUAGUAGUGCUAUUCCUACUCAUGAUAUUUUAACUUAUUCACCAAUUGAAUAUAUUAUUAAACAUGAACAACAAAAUGAUACAGAUAAAAAUUUACAUCAUGUACCAUUUUUAGUGUUAAGUGCACAAAUGGAUUUAGGUUUAGAAAUAGAUGCACAACGAUUUGUAUCAAAAUUAAAACAACAUCAUUAUUAUGUUGAAUAUUAUAUUAUACCUAAAACAUCACAUGCUACAAUUGCCAGUCAAUUUCCAAAAUAUGAUUCACAUAAACAUUAUUUUGAAUUUAUUAAAAAAAUUCAGACUCAAACAAUAAUAAUGAGUCAAUAA